AUGGAAGCUCUUUCUGAAUCUGGCUCGGAAACCAAAUGCGCACAGAUCGCAUGCGCCGGGAUGCCCGACCUGGCUGCCAAAUGUGGAUUUACAACCUAUCCUACUAUCGUACUCGGCCACGAUCCUGAAACGUUUAAAGCGUACUAUGGCGCACUGAGAAAAGGAGACCGCGCGACAAAAUCUCACCGCUUGGCUGAAGAUAUGCGAGAUGACUCCGACUUCGGUAUCGCAAAUGACUACGACCUCGUGGCAGCGGAGGAGGCGGAAAAGAAGACCGCCCUUGGUCUUUAUAAUGCUUCUGAUAAUGAGAGAAUGACCAAAUUCGUAAAAGAAGCUAUUAGGCCCUCCGUGAUGGAGUUGCCCCCGGAACUACACGAUGCUAGACUGAAAUUAUAUGAAAACCUCCUACUCGGCUACAUUUUUGUGUCCUCGAAUGUCGAGCAGCAAGAAGUCUCGGAGGCGACCCUGCCCUUGGCGCGACAAUAA